CGCCUGCGCCGCCGUUGUCUCCAAACAAAGUUUGCCAAAGUUACAUGUUUUUACGCCACACGAACGCGCGUGCUGGUAGCGCGUUAUUAAAUUCGAGCGCGUUUAUAUAUUCUUAAACUUGAACUAUAAAUAAAAAGUAAAUUCGGUGAUUUUGUUUUUUCAAUGUGGAUUGUUUAAUAAUCAACCGUUCAAUUUGACCUUUUUUUUAAAAAAGGUCAAAUAUUUUUGGUACAACAAACAAAGGAGCAAUGUCCAAGUGGCGGACGGCAAAGAAUAAAAUAUAAUCCUUUCCAAACUGUAAAAACCACGUCAACAAAAUGGAGAAGACCACAAAGGCUGCGAAGCCACAAAUUUCCACCGUGAUGGAUGCUUACAGCUCCAAGAUAGAGUUAGCGUACCAUGGUUCGAGAGAGGAUUUGGAUCCUUACGUGCCGGCAGAUCACAGACCUCAUAACUCAAAGACUUCGAGUUUCGGUGCUCUGGCGAACUUGCUUAAGGCAUCGCUGGGAUCAGGAGUGUUAGCUAUGCCGGUUGCCUUCAAGAACGCGGGCAUGCUCGUCGGAGCCAUAGGAACCAUCCUCGUGGGGUUGAUUUGCGGACAUGCCAUACAUAUAUUGGUGAAAACGUCACAACAGCUUUGUGUCGAGACAAAGAAGCCUUGUCUCGGAUAUGCAGACACAUGCGAACUGGUGUUUCAGAAUGGACCUCGACCUGUUCGAAAAUAUGCAACCUUAAUCAGAGAAAUAGCUGAUUGGGCGUUAGCAACAACACAUUUUGGGGCAUGCUGCGUCUACGUAGUUAUAAUCGCGGAGUCUUUUAAACAGAUUUCAGAUGCUUACGGCGGCCCAAGUUGGUCAGUGAGCUUAUUCUGUGCGGUGUGCCUCGUGGUUCUGGUGCCGCUGUCACAAAUCACUAAGCUCAAAUACCUGGUGCCUUUCUCAGCGUUUGCCAAUUUCGUGUGGCUCGGAUCGAUAUGUAUAUGCCUGUACUACUGUUUGAAAGAUCCCCCGGCAAUCAAAGACAGGAACCUCGCUACGUCUAUUACAGCGAUACCUAGUUUUAUUAGCAUAUGCCUGUUUGCAAUGGAGGGCAUUGGCGUAGUAAUGCCAGUGGAAAACGAGAUGAUUAAACCACAGCAGUUUCUGGGCUGCCCUGGAGUAUUGAACAUCGCUAUAACCACAAUCGUGAUCUUCUACGGCUUCGUUGGCUUCUCAGGGUAUUGGCAAUUUGGAAACGAUGUUUCGGGAAGCCUAACACUUAGUCUACCUCAGGAUGAAAUCCUAGCACAGACGGCCAAGAUCUUGGUGGCGUGCGUGAUGAUUCUAUCGUUCACACUGAUAUACUAUAUACCCGUAGAUGUUGUGUGGAGAAGACUCCAGGACCGGAUUCCAGCCAAUAGACAGAUCUGGGCACUCAGUGGUAUACGGCUUCUUGGAACAUUAAUUAUUGUGAGCAUCGCGAGCGCAGUGCCCUAUAUAGAACUGUUCAUGGAGUUAGUGGGAGCUAUAUGCCUGUCGGUCAUGGGUUUACUCCUCCCUGUUGUCACGGAAACCGUCUUCCGGUGGGGCAAGGACGUCGGACCCACCAGUUGGGUGGUGUGGAAGAAUUUCAUCUUAGCAAUUUUCGCUUUAAUCGCCUUAGUGUCUGGAGUAACUUACGCAUUCAAAAGCUUAUUGGAAAAAUUUUCAAUUCUGUAGAUAAAUUUGUAUCAUAACUAUAAAUAGUGUAAUAUAAAAUUUUAUUG